UGAAAUUUCUAAAAAUUGUAAAUAUAUUCAAAUUAUCUAGAUAUUAAUAACUGUCAAAUCAUUUGUCAUUAAUUACAUAGUUUAAUAGAAAAAAACCUGCAAAAAAGGCGAUAAUGUCCUGUAGUUUUAUUUUUAAUAUUGAUUAAUUUUGCGGUCAAAUGUUUUUUCAAGAAGUCUUCGAAAUUUAUCUUUGUUUUAUCUCGUGUUCUGAAUCGUUAGUAAGACACUAACGUUUGCCUUCUUCCGCAAGGUCUAUCAAUCUACGAGUUAUGCAAUUAACGAGUUAAACAAUAAUGGUCCUUGCUCUCAACAUCGGUAACAACUAGCAAUUUCGUGUUGAUUACGAUAUUCCAUCUCGUACUUGUGGCAUGAAUGAAAUAUUGCAAAAAUGCUAUCUAAUCUCCUCUCUGUACUAACCUGCACUGCAACCAUACUUGAAAAAAAUAUUGGUCAGUUACAUAAUCCAUUGUAUUUGAACGAGAUGUACGUUUGCUUUCACACACCGAAUGUUAAGAUUUUAAACAUAUAUCUUUUUUUACAAUGAGUCAACCAGUCAAUAGAUCAUAAAAAUGGAAAUCCCCUGAUAAAGAUUUUGUACAUUCAAAUGUGCAAUUAAUCAAUCAAUACAUACAAUAUAUUUUACGUUUAUUUAUUUCAACAAACGGAAGUUAAUACUGAUGUAUGUAUGUCACGAGGUAGAAUGUAUUGUAAAACCGUUAUGUAAAAGACGUGGCAUUCGUAUUGAUGGUAUUUUAUCUCGCGAUGACUGCAUACAUUUCAGUAAUAGUAAUGAGAUAAUUGACCUUCCCUUUCCAUUCAAAAUUAAAUUAAUUAUAAAAGCUUUAUUUUAUUAUGAAUUAAAUAGAAAUUAUUGUAAAAUCGUUGCAAAUUACGAUAAGAAUUAUCAGAAAAAAAUCUAUUCGAAGGUAGAUGUAAAGAAUGAAACAAUGAUGUACGGCGGAAACAUGCACAAUACAGAUUAAAUAUCUCACGUUCAAUUAACUUGGAAGUCAAUUUGAUUCAAAUCCGGACGCACAAAAUAUAUCAAGAUGAUGAUGUUCAAAAGCUUCUGUAAAAGGAUCAGUGAGGACUUUUGGCAGAAAGAGCUAAUGCCAUUGAAAAUAAUAUUUUUCGUCCAAGCUUCCACCCUUUACGUAUUGUAUCCGUAUCUGACUAUACAUAUGAGAGAAUUGGGUAUAAACGUAGAGGAAACUGCGAUAAUGAGUGCCAUCACUCCUGUCGUAGCCAUGGUAAUGCCGCCGCUUGCGGGUAUGUUAGCUGAUCGAAUAGGAAAUUUCAGGAUUUUGCUGUCAGUAUUUUCCGCAUUUGGAGGCCUAGCAGCGUUAUUAUUACUAUUAGUACCAAUCGGCAGAGUCACGAUACAUUUUCCUGAGAGAAUAAUUAUGGAUCUCGAUUGUCAAGGAAAUGGUUCGCUAUUACACACAAUGAGUCAGACUCAAGUGUGUGAGACAAAAUUAGACUCGACAAUUAAUAUGAAAAUAGAAAGUUGUGGAUUCGUGUGUCAUAUAGAAACAAGCAACAGGACGGAUCAAAACCUGAUCCUAAAAUCGAGGCUUUAUACAGUUCGACAUCUCAAUUUUCAAACUGGCGUUAAUUCUUCAUACAAAUAUAUUGUUGCGCAGAGCGACUUGUCAACGAUUAUUGAUGAGCAAAAAGAUAUGAGGGAACAUCGACAAUUAAAAAAUAAUGAAUUUUUUCAAACCUCCAUCCGAAAAGUUUCGAAGAAUUACUACUUUUUUCCAACGGAUCAAUUAUCUUCAUUUUCAUGUACCCCGUCGAGACACGAAGACAUUGAUAAUUUUACUACCGAAAUAUCGCAUAAAAUGUACAAAAAUCAUACCUUAUGUACUUUUAAUAGUUUAAUCAAAUCAAAGGACGAUAUGAACCGGACAAUAAAUUAUCAUUUAUAUAAAUCGAAAAUAAAAAGUUUGGAACCAGAUGAAGAAGAUUUACAAGAAGAGCGACGAAGAUAUUUGACGGAGGAGAUAUCCUGGGCAGGGGAGGAUUUUCAAAAACCUAUGUGUGAUAAUCCAGAUUCCGCAAACAAUCAAGUCAUGAUAGAUGUGCGGCUCUAUGAUCACGAAGCGGGUCUGGAAGCAACCGAGCGAGUCUUGAGCGUAAAUGAAUGCAGGAAGAAAUGUAUAGUUACUUUACCGCGCAACACAGUGUGCUCUAACAUGAAUAUGGAAAUUGAAUAUAAUAUACAACUUACGUUCUGGCUUUAUCUUGUCAUUAGAGUAUUCAUAGGUAUUAUUGGUGGUACAACUUUUGCUAUGUUCGAAGGUGCCGUUAUAGCAGUAUUGCGAGAACAAAAUGCAGAUUACGGCCUUCAAAGAAUUUAUGGCAGUAUAGGAGGCAUGAUUUCUUCUCCCUUAUCAGGUCUUCUUAUAGAUUAUGCUAGCAGAGGUAAAGGAUAUACAGACUUUAGGCCAGCAUUUUACUUAUAUGCGGCAUUGAAACUUGCAUCCGGUUUUCUUAUGUUGCUGAUCAACUUAGAAUUUAAGGUACCCGCUACAAACGUCGUACGUGAUGUUUUCACUGUUUUGAGAAAUAUCGAAACUGCCGCACUUUUCCUUGCUUGCUUUGUCCUCGGUACCGCGUGGGGAUACAUCGAAUCGUUUCUCUUUUGGUUGAUCCAAGAUUUGGGAGGAUCCAGAUCACUUAUGGGUAUCACAGUGACAGUAGGUGGUAUCGCCGGCAUACCAUUGUUGGCACUUUCGGGACCGAUAAUAUCAAAGAUUGGCCACGCGAAUGUGCUUUUCAUAGGCUUUGUGUUUUAUGCCGUUAGGCUUUGCGGUUAUUCUUUGAUUUACGAUCCUUGGCUUACUUUGAUUUUCGAGGCAUUAGAAUCGGUUACAUCAUCCCUCAGUUUCACCGCAGCCGUCACUUAUGCGGCAAAAUUAUCAAGUACGUCUACCGACAGCUCGAUACAAGGACUUCUUGGCGGUGUUUAUUACGGAGUUGGCAAAGGCUCUGGGAGUUUGAUCGGUGGUUACCUGAUGAAAGCUUUUGGAACUAGACCAACUUAUCAGAUAUUCGCUGUGGUAACUCUAGUGACCGGCUUAAUAUAUAUUUUAUUCAAUAUGAUUUAUUUAAAGAAGCGCUCUCAGCUCAAAGGCAAUGAUAUCGUGAAGCAGAAACCAGAAAAUAUUAAUGAACAAAAUAGUCCCGAAAAAUAUACAAACUUCGAUAUUAGCUUCGAUGAAAAAUCACAAAGUGAAAGAAUUAAGAAUAAUCCGAUGAAAAAUGACAAUAUGAAUAAUGAAAAAGUUCUCAAAGAAGAAUCACGAAAUAACAAAAGGGCGAAUGAACUGAGUCUUCAGAUAGAUGAUAUCCGAAACGCUAAAAAUGUUGAGGAAAUUAAACAAAAUCCAAUUAGAAAACACGAGGACAAAUCAGCAAAGAAUAAUAAGAAACAAACGAAAAUUGAAAAAAAUGAUAUGCAAGAAAGUAGCUUUAUUAAUCCAAGUUUUGAGACUGAUAAUCUAGAUCAGCCUACAAUUACGGUAGAAAACGAGCGGAGAAUAUCGCAAAACGACAAACAUAUCAAUUGAAUGGAUUCCUAAUUUAGUGGUAAUAAAUUGAGAUACAUAAAUUAGUUUAGAAUAUAAAAUUUUAGUUGUUUGAAAAACAGAGACAAAUAUUUUAUUGCUGUCUAUGAUAUUAAGCGCUUACAGGAAAGAAUUUAAAAUGUAUAUAUUGAGAAAGUAAAAUGCAUCAAUUUUAAAAAGUA